AUGGCACCUGUUACGAUUGACACGUUUAUGGACCAAGACGAGCCACAUGUUGUUUUCAAUCAAUCAGCAACAAUUCCUUUCGGUGAGUACAUAUUUAGAAGGCUAUUUUCCAUCGGUACGAAAUCCGUUUUUGGCGUUCCUGGUGAUUUCAACCUAUCUUUAUUAGAAUACCUCUAUGCCCCCUCCGUUGAAGAAGACGGUUUGAAAUGGGUCGGUACCUGCAACGAAUUAAAUGCUGCCUAUGCUGCUGACGGGUACUCCCGCUAUUCUAAUAAGAUUGGCUGUUUAAUCACCACGUAUGGUGUAGGCGAAUUAAGCGCCCUGAAUGGUAUAGCCGGUUCGUUUGCUGAAAACGUCAAAGUCUUACAUAUCGUCGGUGUAGCCAAGUCGACGGAUUCGCGUUCCGAUAAUUUUAGGGAACGUAAUCUGCAUCAUUUGGUCCCACGAUUACAUGAUUCGAACUUCAAAGGGCCUAAUCAUAAAGUGUAUCAUGACAUGGUUAAGGAUAACGUUGCCUGUUCGGUAGCUUACUUGGAAGAUAUUGAAACUGCAUGCGAUCAAGUCGAUGCUGUGAUCCGUGACAUCUAUCGAUAUUCUAAACCUGGUUAUGUUUUUGUCCCUGCAGAUUUUCCGGAUAUGUCAGUAAGGCUUGAUAAUUUGAUUAGUGUUCCACAUAUAUCUCAACAAGAUUGUAUAACCAUCCCAUCAGAAACUCAUUUGUUCAGCAUCAUCGACAUGAUUACUACUUGGAUGUACUCCAGUAAAACACCUGCAAUCCUUGGAGACGUGUUAACCGAUAGAUAUGGAGUGAGUGAUAUCCUAAAUAAGCUUAUUUACGCCAGUAAAAUCUGGAAUUUUUCCACCGUUAUGGGAAAAUCCGUAAUUGAUGAGACAAACCCAUCGUAUAUGGGGCAGUACAACGGUAAGGAAGGUUUGAAGCAGGUUUAUGAACAUUUCGAGUCCUGUGACUUGAUCUUGCACUUUGGUGUUGACAUUAAUGAAAUUAAUAAUGGACACUAUUCUUUUACUUAUAAACCCAAUGCAAAAAUCAUUCAAUUCCAUCCCAACUAUAUUCGGUUUGUUGACACUAGAUAUGGCGAAGAACAGAUAUUUGAAGGCGUCAAUUUUGCACCUGUAUUACAGGAGCUAUAUCAACAUAUUGAUGUUUCCAAACUUUCUUUGCAAUAUGACCCUAGUGUAAUCCCAUAUACAAAUGAAACUAUGAAACUAGAAGACCCAACUAGUGAUCAAUCAACUGACAUCACACAAGUCCACUUACAAAAAGUCAUUCCUAAAUUUUUAAACCCAGGUGAUGUUGUUGUUUGUGAGACUGGUUCAUUUCAAUUUUCUGUUCGAGAUUUUGCCUUUCCUACUCAGUUAAAAUACAUAUCGCAGGGGUUUUUCCUUUCCAUCGGUAUGGCUUUACCUGCGGCGCUAGGUGUGGGGAUUGCCAUGCAAGACCAUCCAAACGCACACAUAAACGGCGGUAACAUAAAUGAGGGAUAUAAACCAAGACUGAUAUUGUUUGAAGGUGACGGCGCUGCACAAAUGACAAUUCAGGAGUUGAGUACUAUUUUGAAAUUCCACAUUCCAAUUGAAAUUGUCAUUUGGAACAAUAAUGGCUACACUAUUGAAAGAGCUAUCAUGGGUCCUACCAGGUCUUAUAACGACAUUAUGUCUUGGAAAUGGACAAAACUAUUUGAAGCCUUUGGAGACUUCGACGGAAAAUACACUAACAACACGAUUAUUGAAUCCACCUCCAAGUUAGCACUGAAAUUGAAGGAUUUAAAGAACUCAAGCGCAAGAGACCGGAUAGAACUCCUAGAAGUCAAACUGGGCGUCUUAGACUUCCCAGAACAACUAAAGUGCAUGGUUGAAGCGGCUGCACUUAAAAGAAACAAGAAAUAA